CCCCACUUUAACUCACUCUCAGUCUCACUACCUGCAUUCUCGUCUGCCUUCAAGCCCAGACAUGCUGAGAACUCUACUUCUCAAGCGCACCCUUCGUCUCUCCCAAUACCACUCUUCACCAACCCCUUCACAUUCCCACCGAACCCUCACUACUCCAAACCCCAUCCUCCGCCGAUUCUCCACCUCGCCGGAACCUCCCUCCUCCGCCGAUGCCGAAACCCGCAAGUACGUCGGCUACGCGGCGCUCCUCCUUUUCUGCGGCGCCGCCACCUACUACAGCUUCCCACUUCCCGAUAACGCCAAGCAUAAGAAGGCCCAGCUGUUCCGCUACGCGCCUUUACCGGAGGAUCUCCACACGGUCUCCAAUUGGAGUGGGACUCACGAGGUGCAGACCCGCAACUUCCAUCAGCCGGAGAAUAUAGAGCAGCUAGAGCGCGUGGUGAGGGACGCGCACGAGAAGAGGACCCGGAUCCGCCCUGUCGGGUCGGGUCUGUCUCCGAAUGGGAUCGGGUUGUCGAGGGCUGGGAUGGUGAACUUGGCGCUAAUGGAUGGGAUAUUGGAAGUGGAUAAGCAGAGGAAGAUCGUUAAGGUUCAGGCUGGGAUCAGAGUGCAACAGCUUGUGGAUGGGAUUAAGGAACAUGGCCUUACAUUGCAGAAUUUUGCUUCCAUUAGGGAGCAGCAAAUUGGUGGCAUUAUUCAGGUUGGUGCACAUGGCACUGGUGCAAGACUGCCUCCUAUUGAUGAACAAGUGAUUGCCAUGAAACUGGUCACCCCUGCUAAAGGGACAAUAGAGAUUUCAAAAGAGAAAGAUCCUGAGCUGUUUUAUCUUGCUCGUUGUGGUCUUGGGGGACUUGGAGUUGUGGCUGAAGUCACCCUUCAAUGUGUUGAUCGAGAGGAGCUUGUGGAGCACACAGUUGUCUCAACCAUGAAUGAGAUAAAGAAAAAUCACAAGAAAUUGCUAUCUGAGAAUAAGCAUGUCAAGUACCUUCAUAUCCCUUAUACUGACUCUGUUGUGGUUGUGCGAUGCAAUCCUGUUUCAAAGUGGACUCGUCCCAAGUUCAAACCGAAAUAUACUAAAGAUGAAGCCAUACAGCAUGUGCAUGACCUUUACCGGGAAUCCCUCCAGAAAUAUGGACCACAAGGAUCUAGGGGUAAAUCAUCAGAUGAUGGUGAACAAAAUGUAGAUGAGCUUUCUUUCACAGAAUUAAGAGAUAAGCUAAUUGCCCUAGAUCCUCUGAAUAAAAAUCAUAUCAUCAAGGUCAAUCAAGCUGAGGCUGAGUUCUGGCAGAAGUCAGAAGGAUAUAGGGUGGGAUGGAGUGAUGAAAUAUUGGGCUUUGAUUGCGGAGGUCAACAGUGGGUAUCAGAGACAUGCUUCCCUGCUGGAAAACUGGCUAAGCCAAGCAUGAAAGACCUUGAAUACAUUGAAGAGCUUAUGAAACUCAUAGAGAAAGAAGAGAUACCUGCACCUGCUCCAAUUGAGCAGCGCUGGACAGCAAGCAGUAGGAGUUCCUUGAGUCUUGCUUAUAGCCCAUCUGAGGAUGAUAUAUUUUCUUGGGUUGGUAUAAUCAUGUACCUCCCAACCAUGGAUGCUCACCAAAGGAAAGACAUAACAGAAGAAUUCUUUCAUUAUAGGCAUCUGACUUGUGUGAAAUUAUGGGAUCAUUACUCAGCUUAUGAACACUGGGCUAAGAUUGAGGUUCCAAAAGACAAGGAGGAGCUUAUAGCUCUCCAAGCAAGGCUAAGAAAUCGGUUUCCUGUCGAUGCAUACAAUAGGGCUAGAAGGGAAUUGGACCCCAAUAGGAUCCUUUCAAAUAACAUGCUGGAAAAGCUCUUCCCACAGUCUGAUACCGUAUAAAAUUGUGGGUUGGUUAUUGGUCUGAACUUUUCCCUAUUCUUUAUGGUGAGUAUAUAUUCAACCCUAAUUUCUUGACUGAAAUAACACAUUUGGAACUUUGGGAUGCAAAAUAUCUGGCACACAAUCUGGAUUAUUAUUAUACAUAAAUAUAUUCUUUCAGUUGCAUGGCAGAUGCCUUGAAAUCAAAGAAGCUUUUAAGAAUUGUGAUGUAAUAAUGUACAUAGAGGAGCUGGGGUGAGCUUUACACUCGAUUACUCAUCCCAUCAGAAAGUGGAAACAUAAAGAAGGGGUGAAAUUGGAGAGGAGAAAAUCUGCUGUUGAUGAUAUAGUUGUAUGAAUUGCUGCCCUUUAGAUAUGAAUUGUGUCCAUCGUAUUUGGUAUUUUGCAUUCAAUUUGGCAGGCAUUCUGCCCUUCCAACUUGUUUUCCUAAGGCAUGGUGUGCUAGAAUUUAAAUUUGGAGGUUUUAGCUUGUAUUGAUUAAUGGACCAUAGCCUUAAAAUGUAUUUUUUUUUUCUGUGAAAAACUGGUUGCUACCCUUCGAAAGAAAGCAAAGGCGAGCUCUC